CAGUGCGUCAUCCCGAACCCCGCCCUUUCCUCUCCCCAACUUUGGCCGUGUCGACUUUCUGUUUUGCAGUGAUUUGAUUGCCUGGUCCCAGCUCCGUGAUUUGGUUCGGAGACACCUCGCCCUGCACCACCACUGACUGUCCUCUUCAUCAGCGAAAGAGAAAAUAAUCACUGAGUGCCGUCGCUCUCCAGGGUGGAAGAUGUCCGCUGGCUUCUCCUGGUCGGAGCCAGUUUAGGAAGAUCUUUUCCCAAGGAGCCUCGUCAGGAAAACGUUUUUGUCGUGCUUAGGCCGUUGUAAUUUAGAGGCAACUGUCAAAGUUGGGCCCCUCCUCAAACACGGAGCUGUAUGGCUGUGAAACGGUGCCUUGGACUAUUUACGUGAAGUUAAAGGCUAACGUUAUGUGUGUUGUGCCAGGCCAAGGCGAGGACGGACUGGAGAUGCCUUCUGGCUAGCGGCGCUAACGUCUGGACCACAGUUAGGUCGCAAAAGACAGAUUACUUAGCACGUUAGUCGUCAAUAUAUUAUUGUGGUCUUUGUAUAAUUUGUUUUUACGACACUCCUCAGUUGGCAGUCAGUCAGUCAGUCAGACCGUCGGUGUGAACUACAAAGGGCAGCUAACACGAGAUACCGAAAUAGCGGUUAGUUUGUUAGCUAGUUAAAAUCUCGCCUCGAGUCAAUAACACUGAAGUUAUCUUUCACUCGAGGCACGACGUUAAGCUAGCUAGCUGUGCUGGUCAGCUUCUACAUCAUAACAGCAAACGCCACUGACACAAAACACUGCAGGGACUGUUGUCUGUCCAGCACUAAUACAUUAAUGUUAAUGAUAUGUUAAAGCGGACUACAAGUGAAUGAAGCCGCCUCUUUCUGAAUGAUUUAACACAGCCUAGCAGGUGGGUGACAUUUAAGCAUCUCAACUAAAGACGUUCAAUUUGGGGUGUUGGCACCUGCUUAACCUUGUGAAUCACAACAAGGAGAAGGCAGCAGCUCAACCUGAUGACCAUGGAGGGAAAUGUACAACAACAGAAAACGACUCCUUUAGCUCGGGAACUGACAAGGAUAUUUAACAGCUACAACAAGCACACCAUACAGCUGAAGAAGAACCUGAAGGAGACUAAUGCAUUCUUCCGGGAAAUAAGGCAAAAUUACAGCAAUGCUUGUGCAUCAACUAUUAGCUCGGAUUCUGCUUCUCUGGAGGCAGGCCAGCUUAGCUGCAUCUCUUUCUCCAGCCAUGAGGAAGAGUUCCUACGCAACACUGUGGGCGCUGCCCCGUACAUCCUGGUACUAGGCCAGGACUGUGCUGCCCGCUACCAGCUGCUCAACUGCCUUCUGGGGGAGAGGCUGCUGCCACUCGGCCCUGAGGCCGGAGAGGCUUGUGAAGGAGUCCAGGGCACUGUCUGCAAGAGGCGGAAGCUGUGUUUCACCCAUGGGAGACAGACACGGCUCAGCUUGGCGCUGCCUGGCCAGUAUGAGCUGGUGCACCAGCUGGCGGCUAACUGUGGCCGCUGGGAUACGGUGCCCCGAGAAGACCUGGAGAUCCAUGAGGAAUGUGAGGACCCGGCCCACAGGCUAGCAGAGCUGGAGAUCACCCUGCAUCACCCACUGCUACAGGAAACAAAGGUCAUGGUGGUGCCUUGUCCGAGUGUCCAGCCCAUUGAAGAGGCCCUUGAAGACUGCACUCGCAGCGUGGUCCCCAUCAUACUCUAUGCCAUCAACCAGGAUUCCCUAAGCACAGAGAAGGUGGCUGAGCUCUGGAAGGUCAAAGAGAUGCUCCCCUUUCCCAUCUGUUUUGUUCGUAUCCCUGACACCAUGCCAGCAGCCUCCCCAGAACCCGGCCGCCGUGCAGAGAAGGAAAGGGAGAGGGAGAAAAGCACCCUCCAUAAGCAGCUCCUUUCCCUGGGCUUACUCAGUAGCCCGACAGGAAAGUGCUCCUGUGGUGCCCCUACACAGAUGCCCACCCCGGGUGACAAGCCCCAGAGCAUGCUGGGUGAGGCUUUUGAAAGACUGCAUCGGUUGCUGGUGCCUUUUGCUCGCCAAGUGCUUCAAAACCAGCAGGUGGAGGCUGCCAACCUGCUUAAUGGGCUUCAUUGUCGCUGUCUAGAUCUUUUCAUCAACCAGGCCUUUGACAUGCAGAGGGACCUGCAGAUAACACCCCGCAGGCUGGAGUACACCCGUGAGAAAGAGGGUGAACUCUUUGCCUCCCUCAUGGCCAUCGCUAACCGCAAACAGGAAGAGAUGAAGGAGAUGAUUGUGGAGACACUUAGCAGCAUGAAGGAGCAGUUGCUAGAGGAUGCUGCCAACCUGGAGUUUACAGACAUCAUUGUAACAACUAAUGGAGAGCCAGUUACAUCGAAGGAGAUCAAAUCUUGCAUCCACCAGAUCCAGGAGCUGAUAGUGGUUCGUUUGAAUCAGGCUGUGGCGAAUAAGCUGAUCAGCUCUGUGGACUAUCUGAGGGAGAGCUUCGUAGGAACUCUGGAGCGAUGUCUCAACAGUCUGGAGAAGUCAAACUUCGAUUCUUCCGUCCACAAUAUCACUUCCAAUCACCUCAAACAGUUAUUAAAUGCUGCCUAUCAUGUGGAAGUCACCUUUCAUUCAGGAUCGUCCGUCACAAGACUCUUCUGGGAGCAAAUUAAACAGAUAAUCCACAGGAUAACGUUUGUGAACCCUCCUGCCAUCACUCCAGAGUGGAAGCGGAAAGUGGCCCAGGACGCCAUAGAAAGUCUCAGUGCUGCCAAAUUGGCCAAAAGCAUAUGCUCCCAGUUCAGAACCCGCCUCUACAGCUCCCAUGAGGCCUUUGCAGCAUCCCUGCGCCAGCUAGAGGAAGGGCACACAGGGCGUCUGGAGCGCACUGAGGACCUGUGGCUGCGUGUGAGGAAGGACCACGCCCCUCGGCUGGCCCGCCUGUCUCUGGAGAGCCGCUCCCUCAGGGAUGUGUUGCUGCAUGGCAAGCCUAAGCUCGGGCGAGAGCUGGGUCGGGGCCAGUAUGGAGUUGUGUACUUGUGUGACAACUGGGGAGGACACUACCCAUGUGCCUUAAAGUCUGUGGUCCCGCCUGAUGAUAAACACUGGAACGACCUGGCUUUGGAGUUUCACUACACAAGGACCCUGCCCAAGCAUGAGCGGCUCGUCGACCUGCAUGGCUCUGUGAUUGAUCACACCUACGCAGGCGGCUCCAGCAUCGCUGUGUUGCUCAUCAUGGAGCGGCUACACAGAGACCUCUAUACAGGCUUGAAGGCUGGUUUAUCACUGAGGGAGAGACUUCAGAUCGCUCUGGAUGUGGUGGAGGGGAUCCGCUUCCUGCACAGUCAGGGCCUCUUGCACAGAGACAUAAAGCUAAAGAAUGUUCUGUUGGACAAACAGAAUCGUGCAAAGAUCACCGACCUGGGCUUCUGUAAACCAGAGGCCAUGAUGUCCGGCAGCAUCGUCGGAACCCCCAUCCACAUGGCUCCAGAGCUGUUUACAGGAAAAUAUGAUAACUCUGUUGAUGUCUACGCCUUUGGGAUCCUUUUCUGGUACCUCUGCACUGGUUCAGUGAAGCUCCCAGAAGCCUUUGAGAAAUGCUCCAGUAAGGACCAGCUCUGGAAUAACGUUAAAAAAGGAGCCAGGCCCGAGCGUUUGCCCAGUUUCGAUGAGGAAUGCUGGCAGCUGAUGGAGGCCUGCUGGAACGGGGACCCUUCCCAGAGGCCCCUGCUCGGUAUUGUGGAGCCCAGCCUGCAAAGCAUCAUGGUCCGGCUCUGCAACUGCGGCUCAGAACAGAAAAGCAGCAGCCUCGAAGACUCAAACUGAAAACACUCCAGACAAACUAACACACGUGUGAUAGGGAUUAUGAUCAGGAAAGUAUAUUUCUGGUAUUUAUGAAGAACGGAGAUGAACAGAGAAUUUGUGAAGAACAGGUGACCAAUGAAUAAUGUUGGAACUGUCCUCCUUGUUCACAGUUGUUGGAUUUACAUUAUUUAUGAGGAGUUGAUACAGACCAGAAAUUUGCAAAUAUGUUUGUUUUAUUGUUUGUUCGUUGUGUAUUUGCAUACAAAACUCUACAAUAUGCUUUUGUUGUGCUAAUUGCCACUUGGUCACAGAAUUAUUACUAGAUGCAAAUUGUUUUAAAAGUAGUCCAUUCCCAGUAUUGUGAAAAAAAAUGUAUAAAAGAUUAAUUUUAGAUUGUAUUUAAAUGGAACAUGUCUGCAUCUAUACAAAUACAUCUUUUUUUAAUAAAAUGAUCUGUUACAACACA